CCGAGGCUGUUGACAACGGGCCGCCGGAGCCCCGCGGACCGGGCCGGGCAACGAAGGCAGCUGGCACCGAGACACCUGUGCGCACAGUCUUACAGAAAAAGGGAUGAUCCCUUUCUCUUGGACAUUGGAGCUAUGAACCUUUGGAGGUAACUCAAGAGAAGAGAUGCAGACCUUUGGUCCUCCAAAUGAGGGCCCACUUCAAGGUCUGGUUGCUUCCCGAAUUGAAGCUUAUGGGGGUCGUCAUCGGACUUCUGCCCAGAGCACUGUUGGGACUCUCUAUCCCCGAGGAGGCCUGGUGUUGGAUCCCAAUCUCCGUCGCCUCCAGCACUAUGUCCCUUUUGCCAAGGGAUCUAGUCAGGGUCGAGGUCUGACCCCUCUGCUGCUACGAGAACCAGAGUCAGAGAAGAGGUUUGGAGUCCAUUUAUCGGUUGGCCCACCACACUCCCCCAAACAAAAGGAAGUCACCAAGGCCCAACUACAACUAGAGAGGAGGCUGCAUACAUUCAGCAUGUUUGGGAUACCCCGCCUUCCCCCUGAGGACCGGAGACAUUGGGAGAUAGGAGAAGGUGGUGACAGUGGCCUGACCAUUGAGAAGUCCUGGAAGGAGCUGGUGCCUGGACACAAGGAGAUGAGCCAGGAGCUUUGCCACCAGCAGGAGGCACUGUGGGAGCUCCUGACCACUGAGCUGAGCUACGUGAGAAAGCUCAAGAUCAUGACUGAUCUCCUGGCAGCUGGUCUACUGAACUUGCAGCGGGUAGGACUGCUGACAGAAGUGUCAGCUGAGACCCUGUUUGGAAAUGUCCCCAGCCUGAUUCGAGCCCAUCGGAGCUUUUGGGAGGAGGUGCUGGAACCCUCCCUGGAGGAGACUCGCACCUCUGGCCAGCCUCUGGACCCUGUUAGCUUGCAAAAUGGCUUCCUGACAUUUGGCCAGCGCUUCCAGCCGUACGUCAAGUACUGUCUGCGAGUGAAGCAGACCAUGGCUUAUGCCCGGGAGCAGCAAGACACAAACCUUCUGUUUCACACCUUCGUGCAGUGGUGUGAGAACCACAAACGCUCAGGGAGGCAGAUGCUGAGUGACUUGCUUAUCAAACCCCACCAGCGUAUCACCAAGUACCCACUGCUGCUCCAGGCUGCACUCAAGAGGAGCCCUGAGCCCCAAGCCCGAGAGGCCCUGAAUGCUAUGACUGUAGCUGUGGAGUCCUUCCUGCGACACAUCAAUGGGCAGGUCCGCCAGGGUGAAGAGCAGGAGAGCUUGAUGGCUGCAUCCCAGCGCAUCGGACCCUAUGAGGUGCUGGAACCCUCCAGCGAGGAGGUGGAGAAGAACCUGCGCCCGUUCUCUACUCUGGACCUGAUGUCCCCCAUACUAGGGGUUGCCUCUGAACACACCAGGCAGCUGCUGCUGGAGGGACCUGUGCGAGUGAAGGAGGGGCGAGAAGGGAAGCUGGAUGUGUACCUGUUCCUCUUCUCCGAUGUGCUCCUAGUAACCAAGCCUCAACGCAAGGCAGACAGAGCCAAGGUCAUCCGUCCCCCUCUCAUGCUGGAGAAGCUUGUGUGCCGACCACUGAGAGACCCCCACAGCUUCCUGAUGAUCCACCUCACAGAGUUCCAGUGCGUCUCCAGUGCCUUCACUGUGCAUUGUCCUAGUUCAACAGAUCGUACACAGUGGCUGGAGAAGACCCAGCGGGCUCAGGCCAACCUGCAGAAGCUGAAGACUGAGGCAUAUGUUCAACAGAAGAGGGAGCUCCUGGCCCUCUAUCGGGACCAGGACCUGGAGUCCCCGAGUACCAGGCCCUCCACGCCUUCCCCGGAGGGCUCUCAAUGCAGCGCUGAGGGGAGGACUCUUGAGUUCACCACCAUCAUCCCCCACCUAGUGGUAACCGAAGAUACGGAUGAAGAUACUCCCUCUGUACCAGAUGAUACCUCAGACUUUAGCUAUGGCACUUUGAUUCCAAGCUCCCCCAAGGAUUCCCAUUCCACCCUGAGCCGGCUCCGCCCCAAGGCUCUUCGAAGGGACCCUCGCCUCACCUUCUCUACCCUGGAACUCCGAGACGUCCCUUUGCGCCCCAACCCGCCAGACCCCCAAGCUCCCCAACGGCGAAGUGCCCCAGAAUUGCCAGAAGGGAUCCGAAGAGGGGGCAGUCUUCCCAGAAGAGACCCACCAACCUGGUCUGAGGAAGAAGAUGAGACUUUGGCACCAGGAAAUGUGGUGGUAGAAACGCUACACAGGGCCCAACUUCGGGGCCAGCUCCCCCACUCACCCACCCAUACUGACUCUGCCGGGGAGAGCCCCUGGGAGUCCUCAGAGGAAGAUGAGGGGUCUGUCUCCCUGAGACCCCGCCGCCACCUGAGGGCUGAGGACAUGCUCAGGGAGAUCAGGGAAGAGCUGGCCAGUCAAAGGAUUGAGGGAACUUCAGAGCCCAGGAAUGGCAGGCCUCGGAAGCUGACUCAAGCCCAGCUGCAAAGGAUGCGGGGACCCCACUUCAUACAGCUGGAUACCCCUCUGUCCACAUCAGAAGUGUGAGGAUCUUUGGCAAGUCUCUCAGAGGAACUGUCUCCCCAAGAGUGCUGGUCACUACCCGGUUCCUGGACUCUACCUCAAGAACUACUCUUCCCACCAAGAAGCCUGACCUAGGCACCUGCCUCCUGCUCUGUGGAUUCUGGAGGUCAAGAACUGUAAAUUUAUGUAUCAUAGACACACUCCUGAACCCCAUAUAAAAUUAUUCAGAAACAAGACUGUUUGGUCAGCACUAGAUGAGGGGGGAAAAAGAGACCAGGGAAUCACAAUGCAUAUGUCAGCUGGCAUCCCACCCUUCAGGUCCUAGUGUCUUUGCCCAGCCUCUCUGGAUUAUCCACAGACCACUCUCUCCAGAACCAGCGUUUUAAUUUCAGGGUUUUAGUGUAUUUACAAAAAUUCAUGGGAGACCCCAUUGUUCCGUGUUUGCCCCUGCCUUGGACAGCUGAGCUGUGUUUGUCCAAGCAGAGGGUGGCUGAGUUUCCAUUAGUGUAAUAUAAUUGAUACAAAGAUUGCU